AUGUCAGGCCAACAUUGCGAAUGGUAUUAGGUUAGGUUAUCCAGUCUUCUAUUUCUUCCGUAAAGUUGCUCAAUAAUGAAUUGCUAUCGUGGAUUUUCGAUGCACUCAUUUACAACAUUACAAACAUCAAACGUGUAAUAUUCUCUUAAUAUAGGCAAUUUCUCCAAUAAAUAUGAGCCCGAAGAUGGUCCGUGUAUUUGUUGGAAAUUUACCUCCAGAUACUGUUGAGGACGAUUUGAAGAAGCUCUUGAAAAAAUAUGGAACUGUGUUAACUGUGGAGAUAAAACGACGAAUAAAUGAUGUAUUUGCUUUUGUGGACCUGGAAAAUCUUAAGUUAGAUGUACAUACCUGUCUUCAGGAAUUGUCUUGGAAACAAUGGAAAGGUCAGCAAUUAAAAGUCCAGCUAGCAAGAGAAAGCUUUCUUCAAAGACUAGCCAGAGAGCGACUUGAAAACAGUGUUUCAGCAAAAACAGAAAAGGAGUCAUUGGAAACACAACAUAACAUUCACAAUAUUCACAAGGGUCCAGAACCAUGUAAAAACAAUGCUGUUAACAUUGUGAAGAGAAACAAUCAGAAGAUUGAUGAAAAUGAGUCUUCUGAUAGCACUGACAGUAGCACAGACUCAAGUGAUUCAGAAAUACCUGCCAAAGGUAGUUUAAAAAUGUUUCGAGGGACAGCAAAUCUUCAUAAAAAGGAAAAAUCAUCCCCAAAAAAUCCCAAAUUUAAUGCUGACAAGAUAAGUAAUAACAAAAUUAAUGAAGAGAAAGAAAUAUUAGAGACGUUUGAGAUGUUCAAUGAUGUAUGGAAAGAUGAACCAUCCGAUAUUGCAGUAAAAAAGAUAGCUAACCAUUAUGAAGAGAACAGAUUUCUUAAGCAAAAAGCCUCUCUGCAUGGCAGUUUUGGAAUGCAAGGUGAUGAUUCUUCGCAAAUGAAUGAAGACAUGAAUCAAAAUGGAAUUGAGAUACCUGUUACGAUAUCGCAAAUAAAACAAGCUGAAGCAGAGGAAAGGCGUUUGAAAGCACUGACUGACAGAAAGAAGGAAAUAUUAAAUAAAAAACAUGCAAUUCAAUUUGCUUUAGCAUCUGUUGAUAGUCUAAGCGUUGCCAAUAGACCUAACAAAAAAAUUGUUUUCAAUGAUGAUAAUGCUUCUGAAGGAGAAACCGAAAACUAUUUUUCUAAUAAAAAACCAAAGCUAACAUUAUUUAGUGAUGAUGAAAUGGAGCAGGAAACACACAACAGUAAUGAUUUUAGAAUCAGAAAGCAUUAUGAGGGUGAGAAAGGCAAGUCAUUGUUGUCUUUACAGGCUAGAUAUGGCAAUGACAAACGUUUUGUUUUAGAUGAAAGAUUUAUAGAAAGCGAUGAUGAACAAGAAGGAAAAAGAGAGUGUGAAGCCAAUGAUACUCAAGUUGAGCGAGAGAAAGUUCUCCGCAUUCUAGGAAAUGUUCUGGGUAAGGAAGUUCCGAACACUUGUAAAACAAAAACGAAACAAACUGCCAAAUUGAUGUUACGAUAUGAUCCUUCGAAGCCUGAUCAUACAAAAUUUGAAAUUAAGAAAGAUUCUAGUAUUCCUAAGGCAAAGAAAAAGAAAACAGUAGAAAAUGAAGAAGAAAAUGAAAAAAAAUCCAAAGAAGAAAUUCUGCCUGUGGUUUCAAAGGAGAGGUAUUAUGAAGUUUCUGAAACAUUGCGAGAAACAUUGGAAAACAAAGAUCAGAAGUUUAGCCUUUCUGCAAUUUUUGGUGAAGAAAACGAAAACGAGGGUGAGAAAGAUAAUGAUGUGAAUUUGGAAGCAAAACCAAUAAUUGGUAGGAAAGAAUGGCCACUGAAACAUUUCCAAAAUGAUUCAAGUGCUUCAGAAGAUGAAAAUGAAACAAAUGAUCAAAUUGUUCCUGAAGAUCGUUUUAGUGAGCAAAACAUUGGUGUGAGGCAAGAAAGCCUGUUUUUUGAAAAAAAUGAUGCUCGCUUUACUGAGGGACUUGAAUUCAUCAGUUUUAGAAACGAAGAGUACAUAAAUAAUUUUGACGAGAUAAGACAUCGUGUGAAAACUCUUAUUAAACAUAAAGUUCAUAAUCACAAAAAGAAUUCAGAAAGAUGGAGAAAAAAGUUUGGAAAAAGGAACAAGAAUUCGUUUCCAGGCAAACGUUUAAAAACUAAUUUCAGGAGGUGACACAUUUCACCAAAUAUUUCUGUAUAGUGAAUUAUAUAUCUUUUUAUUGUAAAGUUUACAAUUUCA